AUGGCGCUGCUAUCGGCCCCUCUCACCGCCACCCGUGGCUACGUGCCGUCUGUGGCCCAGCCACUCCCCGCCGCCCGUGCGCGCACCCUCGCCGCAUGCGCGCUCCCCUCUUCCGCGCGUCCCCUCCCCGUGAACCGUGCAACACGUCGCUCGUACGCGUUAACGGCGCGCAUGCAUGGGCGUGGGGGCUGGCUGAGGGGAUGGCGCCGUGCGUCUGCUUCUGAUGACGACAGUGCCAAAGAUACAGCUGAUAUGGCACGCAGUGAGGAUUACACGCCUCAAUCUGACGUGGAUGAUGUUUCUGAUGACGUGGCGGAGGCGUCGGCGGCAGCGGCUGAGCUGGCAGCUGAGAUGGCGGGCGAGGCUGCGGCUCAGGCCGCCAGCGUGUAUGCCGCCACGGCUGCUGCUGCGGGGAUGGAGGAGGAGGAGGACGUGGGGGGUGAGAAGGACAGGAAAGCGGAGGGCGAUAAGGGGGCGGUGUCAGCUGCAGUGUCUGCUGUUGGCGGUGCUGCUUCCAGUGGGAAAAGGGAGGGUCAGAAGCAGGAGCAGCAGCCGCCCAGUCGUCCCCCGCCACGUCAGCCGCAGGCCUCCAGCGCGCCAGCUGUGACGGGCCUGCGGCGCACGGUGUGGGGGCAGGAAGGCGUGGAGCCACAGUACCCCCCGUUACAGGAACAUCUCACGGUAGACGUGGCGGUGGUGGGCGGCGGCAUCAACGGGCUGAGCGUGGCGUACGCUCUCCUGGAUAAGCACCGCAAGGCCAGGGGCGCGGGCGGAGGAGGGAGGGGAGGCAAGGACCUGUCGGUGGUGGUGCUGGAGGCUCGGGCCAUCGGCUCCGGUCAAACCGGUCGCACAACGGCGCAUCUCAUGCCAUGGAACGACGACUACUACAGCGUGCUCGAGCGGCUCUUCGGGCGGCGCUGGGCGGCGCUGGUGGGCAGGAGCCACGUGGCGGCCAUUGAUUGGGUGGAGCGUGUGGUGCAGGAGCAUGGCAUCGAGUGCGAGUUUGAGCGCGUGGACGGGUACCUCUUCCCUCAUGACAACUCCGAUGAGGCCAACCGCAAGAUGCUGGAGGAGCUGGCGGCGUGUGAGCGCAUCGGCCUCACAGACACCUCUCUGGUGGACCUGCAAGGCGACCCCGCCCUCGGCUCGCUCUCCUCUGCCCUGUGCUUCCCCAACGCUGCUGACUUCCACCCGCUCAAGUACUUGCAGGGGCUGGCGAAGGCAGUGACAGCAAUGGGAGGGAAGAUCUACGAGAACACGCGGGUGAUCCGCAACUCCUCGCUCUCCACCACUCUCGAGCUCAACACGAGUGUGCGCGUGACAGCUGGCAGCGUCGUAUUGGCCACCAACUCGCCCAUCAACCACAACCUGGCGGUGCACGCGAGGCAGAGCGCCUACCGGACCUAUGUGAGGUGGGACACAGCGUCUCCCUACCUAAUACACUCCCUCCUCCCUCUCUCCUCCCUCUUUCCUCCCCACCCCUCACCCUCUCGCCCUCUCUUCCACCUUAAAACUCUCCCCUCCUGCACCAGCCGCGCCCAAUGGUGGGACACAGCGUCCCCCUACCUAAUACACUCCCUCCUCCCUCUCUCCUCCCUCUUUCCUCCCCACCCCUCACCCUCUCGCCCUCUCUUCCACCUUAAAACUCUCCCCUCCUGCACCAGCCGCGCCCAAUGCCGCGCCCAGUGGUGGGACACGGCAUCGCCCUACCACUACGUACGCAUUGCUACCGGCCCGAGCGAGGCGGAGACAGACACGCUCAUAGUGGGGGGCGAGGACCACCCUACGGUAGAUCUCCCUGAACUGGACAGCAAGAACCGUCUUAUGCUGCUCUCCUGCCUCUCCCACCGCAUGCCUCCACACCACACCACACUUAACCCCUCUGCACGCCAGGUGUACGAGCCAGUGGACCUCCUGGGGCUGUACGGCAAGAACCCUCUCGUGAACCGGCCAUCAAAGGACGUGUACAUUGUGACAGGCAACAGCGGGCAGGGCAUGACGGGCGGCACCAUAUCGGGGCUCGUGGUAUCGGAUCUGAUUCUGUCGGGGCGCAGCGAGUGGGAGGAGCUGUACGACCCGCGCCGCCUGCCUCCGCUCUCCCAGGAGACAGCUCAGAGCAUUGCGAGCAUCACUGCACACACUGCCCAGCUCAUAGACGGUCAAAUCCCCACCCCCUUUCCCCUGCCGUACGUCUCACCAGGGCUACGCAUUCGACCUGCCAAUCGUGCCUGGAGAUGUGUGGUCGGUGGACAAGGUGAAGCCGAGGGAGGGCCUAUCCUUCUCCAUGCCACCGCUCAUUGGACCUCCUGCACACCCCCCUCCCCUUUCCCCUGCUGUCCUUCUCACCAGGGCUACGCCUUUGACCUGCCAAUCGUGCUGGGAGAUGAGCGGUCGGGCUACGCAUUCGACUUACCAAUCAUCCCAGGAGAUGAGCGAUCGGUGGACAAGGUGAAACCAGGGGAGGGUGCGCUGGUGGCAGUGGGGCUGCACAAGCAGGCCGUGUACCGCACUGAGGGGGGCGAGCUGAAGCGAUACUCAGCCAUCUGCCCGCACCUCAAGUGCGCAGUGAGGUGGAACCCCAACGACAAAACUUUCGACUGCCCGUGCCACGGGUCUCAGUUUGACACAUCAGGGAGGGUGAUUCAGGGCCCAGCCAAGGCCAACCUCUCCCCUGUGUCCGGAGAUGGCUGCUGUGGUUGA